AAACUGCCAGGAAGCUGUGACAGAGAGAGAGCACAAACAAAACUGUCUCAUCUCUCUCUCUUUUCAAGUCUCUCUUAAGUCUUAACCCACUAGGCACUCAAGCUGAGGAGGCAGCUAGGAACCAGCUCAUGGUUUUCCUCUAGUUUUUUCUUCUUCCAACUCCAAGAAGCUGCUGAAGCACACAAACACACAAACCAAGUCAUGGGUUGCUGUGAAUCAAAGGUUUCAGAGAAGCAACCAGAGAAGCUCCAAACCCAAGCACAUGCCAACAACAGCCGGACUCCGACCCACCACCCGAACCCAUCUCCCGGAUCCGACCAGGAAACCGGCGGAGCUCCACCCUUCUCUGAAUUCUCCUUCUCGGACCUCAAAGCAGCCACCAACAACUUCAGCUCCGACUACAUAGUCUCAGAGAGCGGUGAGAAAGCCCCUAACCUUGUCUACAAAGGGCGGCUGCAGAACCGCCGUUGGAUCGCCGUCAAGAAGUUCACCAAGAUGGCUUGGCCUGAUCCCAAGCAGUUUGCGGAGGAAGCUUGGGGUGUUGGGAAGCUGAGGCAUCGGAGGCUUGCGAAUUUAAUUGGGUAUUGCUGUGAUGGUGAUGAGAGGCUGCUUGUUGCUGAGUACAUGCCUACUGAUACUUUAGCUAAGCAUUUGUUUCAUUGGGAGAAUCAAACCAUUGAGUGGGCUAUGCGUUUAAGAGUGGGUCUUUAUAUUGCUGAAGCUUUAGAUUAUUGUAGUACUGAGGGCCGUCCAUUAUACCACGAUUUGAAUGCUUAUAGGGUUCUCUUUGACGAGGAUGGUGAUCCUCGUCUUUCCUGUUUUGGCUUGAUGAGAAAUAGUAGGGAUGGGAAGAGUUAUAGCACGAAUCUUGCCUACACGCCGCCUGAGUAUUUAAGAAAUGGAAGGGUCACUCCAGAAAGUGUUAUUUAUAGCUUUGGCACUGUCCUUCUAGAUCUGCUAAGUGGAAAGCACAUCCCUCCAAGUCAUGCUCUUGAUAUGAUACGGGGGAAAAAUAUCAUUCUCUUAAUGGAUUCACAUUUGGAGGGGAAAUUUUCUACAGAGGAAGCAACCGUGGUUGUUAAUCUUGCCUCUCAAUGUCUCCAAUAUGAACCCAGAGAGCGGCCUAAUACGAAAGACCUUGUUGCAACACUUGCUCCACUGCAGACCAAACCUGAAGUCCCAUCUUAUGUCAUGCUUGGAAUUCCAAAGCAUGAGGAAGCCCCUGCAACCCCACAACGUCCCCUUUCUGCAAUGGGCGAGGCCUGUUCUCGGAUGGACCUCACAGCAAUCCAUCAGAUCUUGGUUAUGACGCACUACCGAGAUGAUGAAGGAACCAAUGAGUUAUCUUUCCAAGAGUGGACUCAACAAAUGAGAGACAUGCUGGAGGCAAGAAAGCGAGGGGACUAUGCAUUUCGUGACAAAGAUUUUAAAACUGCCAUUGAUUGUUACUCCCAGUUCAUAGAUGUUGGAACUAUGGUGUCCCCAACUGUUUUUGCACGACGCAGUUUAUGCUAUCUGUUAAAUGAGCAACCUGAUGCUGCUCUUCGAGAUGCAAUGCAAGCACAAUGUGUUUAUCCAGACUGGCCCACGGCCUUCUACAUGCAGUCAGUUGCUCUAGCCAAGCUAGACAUGCACAAGGACGCCGCCGACAUGUUAAAUGAAGCAACUGCACUAGAAGAAAAGCGGCAACGAGGAGGCAGGGGAUCAUGAAGUUCAACUAUGUAAUAAGUGAUAGUCCAUUAUUCACCACCACCAAUUGACAGUUGUUGAGGCCAACGAAAAUUUGUAUAAAAUCUGAGCUGGGAAUCAAAUUGUUUUUACCAUUGAGAAUGUAUUUAUACAGAAACAUCGAUAUCUUUUGUUGCACUAGUGAAUGUGUGCUUCUCUCCUCU